UUCUAUCGUAAAGCAGAAUUUUAUUUCUUUGCCAUGAAAGAUGAGGAGUUCGCUCUGGGUCUGGAACAAUUCGCCUAUGGUCUGCUUGACCCGUUGUGCCGGACCAAUCCUAGCCAGAAUAUCAUCUUCUCCCCGCUGUCCGUAAGGACUUCGGCAGGCAUGUUGCGGAUGGGAGCGACCGAGGGUUCGGUCACAGCCAAGGAAUUGGACGAGGGCCUUCGAUUCGGCGGUGGAAAUCUGCAAGAAAUAGCUGAGCACUUUGGAACAGUUCUUAAGUACUACCAACAGUGCCAGGUCCUUAAAAUGGCCAACGGUCUCUACGUGAUGAAGGGUCUUGAACUUGGCGGGCAGUUUGAAAACAUUCUAGAGAGGCAGUUUCAUUCCAAGCCAAUGGAGAUUAACUUUGGCAGCGAACAAGCUGCCAGUAUCAUUAACAAAUGGCUGGAGUCGCAGACCAACCACCUGAUUAAGGACGUUAUAGGCCCUGGAGUCCUAACCCAAGACUCUCGGCUGCUUCUUAUCAAUGCUAUUCACUUCAAGGGAAAUUGGUCCAUUAAAUUCAAUGAAAGCGAUACUAAAGAGGAGGAUUUCUUUUCGGAGCCUGGAAAACCUGUCAAAGUAAGGAUGAUGCGCGGGUCUGAUAGCUUCUCCUUUGCCACGCUCCCCAAGCUGGAAGCCACUGCCCUGAAAAUGAACUACAGUGCUUGUAACCUAGCCAUGGUUCUUAUACUUCCGGAUGAGAAAUCGAGUCUUACGAGGCUGAACAGCCAACUUAAAGACACUUCUCUAAAGGCUUUGACGUCCUCCAUGAACCUUGAAAAAGUUGAUGUGAGGAUUCCUAGCUUUAGGGCUGAGUUUCAGCAGGAACUAUCAGAGGCUUUUAAGAUGAUGAACAUGAGCCGUAUAUUCGGCGAUCAGGCCGAGCUUGGCUCCAUGUUGAAGUCCCAGGCGCCUCUAUCUGUGUCCAAGAUCAUACACAAGGCCUUCAUAGAGGUGAACGAAGAGGGCACAGAAGCUGCAGCGGCAACAGCUGCGGUGAUUUCUUUGAGAAGCCUGCCUGUCUCUGAGCGUCCACCAAAGGUGUUUCAUGCCAAUAGACCUUUCUUCUAUGCGAUCUUCGACGAGUCCCAUGGAGUCCUCUUUAUCGGAAACUUUAACACUAAUAGUUUACAAAAGUCGAAGAAAUGUAAUACAUGUACUUCUAAAAACGAAUGCAAGUAGAGAUAAAUAAUUAUUGUCGAAGAUACAAUAAAAAACACUUUUUACAUAUACAUAUAA